GAUGGUGGUGGUGAUGAUGAUGAGAGCGUGACCUCAGCGCUUCCAGCACAGCCGUGGGAGAGACACGCUUGCUUGCCAGCACACGGGAGGGACAGACACACGGAGAGGGAGACACGGUGGAGACGACCCGGGAGAGGAAAGUGCAAGACGACGCGCGUGGGGCGUCCCUCCACUGCUCCGCGUCGUCUCUCUUACCAGAAUGUUCUGCGGUCCAUUUCUCCGCCACGAGAACCAGCCGCCGCGGCGUCUCCACGGAGCCUGAAGCCCAAAUGAUCACCCUCUCCGCCGACAUGGACGAGUCUUCGUCGUUGCUGGAUCUCUUGGAGUGCUCGGUGUGCCUGGAGCGCCUGGACACUACGGCCAAGGUGCUGCCGUGUCAGCACACCUUCUGCCGCCGCUGCCUGGAGAACAUCGUCAGCUCCCGGAACGAGCUGCGUUGCCCCGAGUGUCGCAUCCUGGUGGACUGCGGUGUGGACGACCUACCGGCGAACAUCCUACUAGUUCGCCUGCUGGACGGUAUCAAGCAGCGGCCUCAGCGAGGGAGCAUCGGAGCGGGCAGCAGGCAGACCUUAGCCGGGGGCUCGCUGCAGGGGUGUGCAGCCGGGAUAUCUGCGCCUCCUGCGGGCAGCGCCAUCAGAGAGCUGCCCGUCGCUACACGGAGCUCUCCAGUAAAGAACAUCCCAGCUCUGCCUUGUGGGAAGGCCCUCUACUCCUACGAGGGCAAGGAGCCGGGGGAUCUGCAGUUCUCCAAGGGUGACAUCAUCAUCCUGCGACGUAAAGUGGAUGACAACUGGUACCACGGGGAGCUAAACGGCUGCCAUGGCUUCUUGCCCGCCAGUUACAUCCAGCUGCUGCGCCCCCUGAGUCAGACUCCACCUCAGGGCAAAGCGCUGUACGACUUUGAGGUCAAAAACAAAGACCAGGAUAAAGACUGCCUGGCUUUCAGCAAGGAUGAAGUCCUGACGGUAAUCAGGCGAGUGGAUGAAAACUGGGCAGAAGGCAUGCUGGGAGACAAGAUUGGCAUCUUCCCCAUUCUCUACGUGGAGUUAAAUGAAACCGCAAAGCAGUUAAUGGAAAUCGACAAGCCGACAACGACCAACGUUCCAGGUCCGAGUUCUGAUCCGUCGCCAAUGGGUCCCUGCUCCCUCGGCCCCUCCCCCAGCACAUCGCCAUCCAACGGGAAUGGCUCGGGACACCGGAGAGGCGAAGGGAAGAAAAAUGCCAAGAAGCGACAUUCCUUCUCAGCUUUGUCCGUCAGCCAGCGAGCGGCCCAACUGAACAACAGACAUAGUAUGGAGAUCUCCCACCCGGUCCUCAUCAGCUCCUCCGACCCCAGGGCGGCUGCUCGCAUCCAGGAUGCAUCCUCCCCAGGUCCCUCUCCCUCCUCGGCAGGGGUGCUGGUGCCCCCAAAAGUGGCAUCCAUAACCUCUGAGCUGCUGGCCCAUGCAAAGGUGCAGCUGCCUCUCAACAUCUACCUAGCUCUUUACGCAUACAAGCCACAGAAGGCUGACGAGCUUGAACUCCGGAAAGGGGAGAUGUACCGGGUGACGGAGAAGUGUCAAGACGGAUGGUUCAAAGGUACCUCGCUGAGAACCGCAGCAUCGGGUGUCUUCCCUGGAAACUACGUCACGCCAGUGUCCAGGGCUACAUUCGGAAGCGGUGCUACACGCGGAUCGUGUUUAUCCAGUCCAGCAAACGGCGGCGGAUGCAGUCAAGCUGGGGGUAAAAUCUCAGAUCCUUCUUCUCCAGCGUCUCCGGGGCCAUCUUCAUCCCGUCCUUCAACGCCGUUGGUGAACUCGGUCAGUCCUGCUUCUUCGCCGCAGACGGCGGCAGCGCAGUUGAAGAACUGCUUACGCUCCGGCCAGCAUUCCGUCAACCAGACUCGUACGUCAAUGCAGCUGGUCCACAGUUCCCCUGCCGGAAGCCCAGAGCGUCCCACGGUGUCUAUAUCAUCCCUGCGCUCUCAGAGCUCCUCCCCGUCACGUUGCUCCAGCCAAUCGGGUCGCCCUCUCUCCAUGACGUCCCCGGGACCCAGUUUGGGACCGUCGCCCCUGUCGUCCCCCGCGUCACGGCCUCAUCUGCCCCUCUCGUCGCCUCUGUCCUGCCUCACGCCGCCUAAUGUGUCAGCGGUGCUUCUUAACGGGGAAGCGGGUAGCCCCCUUCAACCGCCCUCACCAGGCCCCUCGCACGUAUCUUCCCCUUGUGCCCCCAAAACGGAAAAGAAGGAGAGAAAAUCAGGAGGUCUCUUGAAGCUCCUGUCAGGGGCGGCGGCCAAGAAGAAACCUCGCUCGCCUCCUUCCUCCCCGCCCACCUACGACCCUUCCCAAGGCGCCGUGGCCACCGACGUCGGCCACCAUCCUCACCACCACCACCAUCAUCACCACCACCACGCCCGCUCGGGGUCCUGUCCCAUGGCCUCUCAGGGGCGGGCCGGCUCCUGUCCGGUGGAGAUCGACAUGGCGGGGGCCGUGGGGUUGGAACCCCUGCACAGGAAGUCGGGCUCCUUAGAUACAAACUUUCCCAUGUCGCCCCCUGCAACGCGAGCCAACAGCGUCUUGAUGGUGCUACGACCCGAACCCAAACCCUUGUCCAGGGAGAGGUACCGUGUGGUGGUGCCCUACCCGCCGCAAAGCGAGGCAGAGAUCGAGCUUCGAGAGGGCGACGUGGUGUUCGUGCACAAGAAGCGUGACGACGGCUGGUACAAAGGCACCCUGCAGAGGACGGGACAGACCGGCUUGUUUCCCGGCAGCUUUGUGGAGAGCUUCUAGAACACACACACACACACCAUGUUUCGCUUUUCCAACCUGCCUUAAAAGGAGAUGCUCACCUUCAAAAAUGUCCUUUGACGGGAUCUCGCAGGAGUUCCUUUUUGAAAAGACAGUAGCACAAAGACGUCCGACUCCCAUCACAGCACAGCAGGAACUGACCAGGAUGAAGGUUCCCACGCUUCCCCCAUCCUCUAAAGCACAGAAAGAAAAGCUUCCCAGGUGUCGUCCACCAGCUUCAAACUGCGACCUCAGAACUCCUCUUCCUCUCGGACCCAAACAGGAUCGUCGUGUUUGUGGCAAUAAGCACACCGUCGCUUCUUUUUCACGUGUUAACGAUAAAUACCCGUUAUGUUUUCCUCUUGUUUUCUUUAUUUUUGUUUCUAAAUGUUCGGCUCGAUAUCUGUGUUGUCCCAAACUUGUCACGCUGUGAUCUGUCACUGGAUUUGUUUUUUUUUGUAGUAUUAUUAUUAUUAUUUGAACAAGAAACGGUGCAGUCAUUUUUGAUAUUUAUUACAAAUGUAUACAGCCGCCUUUUAUUUCAUGUUUUUUCACGCACACGUCGGCUUCAGGUGAGGGAAAAAAAAUGUCUUGAAUGUAAGAAAAGUCUCGAUAUUCAUGAUUUGUUACGAUGCACUCAUGCAGAAUCUACUAAAUGUGAUGAUUAUG